AUUUUGGCUCAGGGAGGAUUCAGAGAAGCUGAGCCACUGCGAGUCUUGCUUUGAAUGGCGCUCUCGCUCGAUGGGAACUCCCAGGAGUCCAUCAAUCGUAUUGCUGUGGUGCUAGCAUGUGGUAUGCUGGUGGUGGUGGGCGGCGGAGCUUGCUGGGAUUGGAAGACCAGGGGCCUCAAGGCGACCAAGAGCACACCGCCCGCUUGGGCACUUGCACUGCUGGCAUACAGCUAUGCAUUGCUGAUCCCAGCAAUAUUUGUCACGCUAUUUAGCAUGAAGAUCGGAGCCGUGGAUGUCAUUGUUCUGGAGGAGGCCUCGGACAGCACGUUGCAGUUCAUACAGCUCCUCGGGGAGACGGGCUCAUGGCUGGGGGCCGUGAUGGUGGCGAUCUUUGCGAUAGUGGUGCCACUGUUGAAGUUGGGACUUCUGAUCCUGGGCGAGUGCUGGAGAUGCAGCAAGGACAAGAGCCGAGUGCUUGCGGCCCGAGGCUGCAUUCGAUUCGUCCAGCAGAUCUCCAAAUGGGCCUGCCCUGAUCUGAUUGCUUACAUCUUCCUCUUCUACUUGGUGCACCAUCUCAACCACUAUCCCAUCAACGGCCUGUUCAGACUGGAACUCGGCUUCACCUGCUACACCCUCUUCUGUUGGGGUUCCACCAUCAGCUCCCUUGGCAUUCACCUCCCGAGAAUGCCAGAGAGCGCAGAGACCAAGACUCCCAAGGAGCCCUGGGUUUUGAGGAAUUUGGGCAAACGAGGCACAGCGACGACAGUCUUUGUCGUCCAGAUAGUUUUCCUGGUCUUCUUCGUUCUGGGCUUGUCAUGGUCUUGUCUGGGCUUGCGGCUGAAGCCCGAUCUCUUAGCAGAGCAUGGACUGCCUGAGUGGCAGAUUCAAAUCAUGGAAGAGCUCGACGUGGAGAAAAAUGCUUACGCUGACGUGACGAUUUUCACAUGUGUUGAGAUGCUCAUGAAAGCGCAGCAGGAGUCUUUCGACGCCAAUGCCAUAUUUGCGGUGGUGAUGCUUGUGCUCUUUGUCGUCGGGCUGACCUUGCUUGACAUGGCUGUUCUGGCCGUGGCUGCCGUACAGACGCUUUGCAGCUCGGACCACCACGUUGUUGAGGACAACCGAUGCAACUUUAUCACCUUGGCCAAAUAUCUCAAGAAGAUGGCCAUGCUGGAUGUCCUGAUCCUCGGAGUGCUCGUAGUUGUGCUGAGCGGAUCAGUUUAUCAAGAGCAAGGUCUCGUGCUUCUUCCUGGCUGGGGCUUGUUGGCGCUCUUCAUCGCGGAGCUGAUGCACUACCUGACCUACUUUAUCGUGCGGAGUCUUGCCCAGGCCAUUCCAGCCAACGUGGCCCAGAAGGAAAUGUCCGAUUCGACGACGACGGAGUCCACCGACAUUGGCAGUGACGAUAAUGACAGUGUGGAGGAGAAGGGCCUCUCCAUCUGAGCCCCGUUGUUCGUGGGCUGCGCUUUUGUGGCUCUGCUCUUUGGUGGCUCCCGUGUCAAAGGUGGGUUGCAAGAGCCGCUCGCCAAGCGACUCCUAAUAUUUGCC